UUGCAGUAUGGUCGUUGAUGGCACAUGGUAGGUACAGUUGGAUACUGUACUCGAUUGUUACAUGUAAAUUUACCGUUAUAAUUUUAUCGUUUGUAUAGAUAAUAUUGCGGUCUGCUAUAUGAUGUUCUAUCUUUAGAAACAAUGUUUAUAAACAGUGUUAUCAAAGUUGGACGUUCUUGCAGUAGGUUCAAGAAAGAAGUUUGCAAUAAAAGCUCGUGGCUGAAGAUCGAGGCGAGUGAGUGAAGUGGGGGGAGUAUCGUCUCGUCUACAACUUCAAGGGCGAAACAGCCUCCACCAAACUAAUGUUGAUCAGUGGGCUACACCGAAGUCCGAAAAGCGUCAUUCAUUCCGUCGCCGUAACCGAGCACGCCGCACGCAACACACUGCCGGUAUAAUAUAAACAAUGCCCAGCACACCAAUCGACACUCACCGGCUGGCGUGAACAUUUGAACAUGUUUCAGUACAAAAUUCUCGUAAGCUUCUUCAAAGCUAUGUGGUCAUACAUUUUUGUGUUAACUUUUUUUAGUUUAAGUGUAUUUAGUGCAGAUUUACCCGUGUUUCAUAAGUGUUGCCCAGAAGAUCAGAACCUCAUCAAAGUGUCAGUUGAUUUAAAUAUUACUCUUGAUGUACGAUAUAUAUGUUUAAAUGCAGAAGCAGAAGAAAAGUAUAAUAUAUCCAGUGAUGUUUUUCCACUUUUAGUGGUUAAGACUGAAAAUGUUGAAUAUUAUAUGCCUGGAGAAUGUAAGUUAGAGUUGAUACAUAAAACUGGACCUUUUUUAGAAAUUACAACAGAUGUUGAUAUUUGUUACGAUAGACUCGUGAUGGAAAUUAUGAAUAAUACAACUAAACAGAUAGUUCCUAAAACUGUUGCGUUAUCCUGUGUUAAAAAUGAAACUAGCAAUACAUUAAUAUCAACUAUAACAAUAGAUCAUAUUCGAAAAUGUUGUCCUAGAAAUCAGAGGUACGACAUUGUAUUCCAUGUAUGCAGAAACUUUUAUGAAUAUAACGAAAGCAAUUGGUUAAUUAUGGAUUUUAUGAAUAAUAAUACACAGAGCAAGAUUUACGAAAUAGAUUUUGAAUUACACUGUAAAUCAAAUGAGUAUGCUGUAGAGUUGAGUGAAGAAAAGUAUAUGAUAGAAAUUGAAGGAAGCGCUUUAAAUGUAGGUACCAGAGAGGGAACAAUUAAGAAUAUAAUACGCAGUGGUGGAUGGUGCAUAGAUAAUGAAUAUUCUAGUGGAGGAUUGGUAGCUCGUGUUUGUACAAAUGAUUGUUCCAAAUUUGGUGCAUAUUGUAUGAGAAAGUGCUGUCUUAUAGGACAACAUUAUAAACCUCGAAGUUGUGAUAGCUUUGUUAGCAGUUGUGUACCUAGCACCAAUAAAGAUGAUGCGGUAUUCUUCAACAUUUCCUCAUACAUAGAUCCUUUAAAAGAGAAUUAUAAAAAUCUAAGUGAUACACUGGGUAUUCACAUCGGUUUGGAUUGCCCACACGGAAAAGUCGCUCUCAAUAAAUCUGCGAAACAAGAUUUCCACCGUCUGACACCAUCAGGAAUGUUAGAAUCUCCUCUCAAUAUAAGUUAUGACUAUUGCAUUGAAACUUUUGAUACUCGCAAAUGCCAGGAUGAUGUUACAGUAUCAGCAGCGGUUUGCUUCAUACCAGCGCCGACUCAGGAUAAGGACUUUCAAGUUUCUUUUGUAGUAAUUAUUAUUUAUUUUUUAUGUAAUAAUUUCCAUAUGUCACUGUACACUAUGCCGGAGCCGGAGUUGCGGAACCAGCAUGGACGGACCCUGACUUGUCACCUGAUUACGAUGUUGCUCGCGUUCUCGUGUCUUGCACGGGUACAGUACAAUCACGUUGAAAACACCCUUCUAUGUACAUUAUUAGGGUAUGGAAUAUACUUUGGUUUCGUCGCUGCAUUUGCUUGGCUGAACGUCAUGUGCUUCGACAUCUGGUGGACAUUUGGGCAUGUACGCACACGUUCUUUGCAAAAGGCAAAGUCGCAAAAACGCAGAUUCCUAUGGUACUCCCUACAUGCAUGGAGUGUUGCGGUGCUCCUGACACUCGCAACCUUCCUUUUGGACGUGUAUCCUAUUUCACCUUUACUAGAUGCAAACAUGGGGAACGGCAAUUGUUGGUUUGGGGUUGUUGAUCAAUCCAAUAAAACCGACUGGCCGCAUUAUAUUCUCUUCGUAGCACCAAUGGGUAUAGUGACGUGUACGAAUUUCGUGUUGUGGGUGUUGACCGCGCGUCAUUGUGCUCGCGUCAAAUCCGAGGUGCACCGACUUCAAGCUGGUUCGGUGGGAGAUCGAGCCAAGCGACGUUUCAGAAUAGAUCAGGCCAAAUAUAUGUUGACUGGCAAGUUAUGGGUGGUGAUGGGUGCAGGUUGGGUUUCUGAACUACUUUCUACUUUUAUGCAGCAACCUAAGUGGCUCUGGUUCGUGGUUGACCUCUUAAAUGAACUUCAAGGCGUCUUUAUCUUCAUAAUACUGAUAUUCAAGCCAAAGCUGUACUACCUCAUCAGGAAGAGAUUAGGUUGUUCAAGAAUUCCAAUAGACGCAAGGUUGGAGAAACCGGAUGUGCGGAAGAAUGGUCCUUCUUCAUCUUCUGCUCGUACGUCCUCUACCUACUUGUCUCGGACCAUCAGCCACGAACCAGUGAGAAUAUCUCUGGUUAAUAAUAUGAAGCAGAAUUAAAAAUAAACAGAAUCUAUACUUAGUCAUUCCUUUUUAAUGUUUGUCUUAACAAUUACUUAUGUAUGUCACGCAUUGUGUGAUUUUUGUGACUUAAUCGCCGAUAAUUAUGCACAAACUGUGUUUUCUAAUAAUAUUUCUAAGUAUUUUUUGUUAUCGUUGAUGAUAACAUAAUCUAUUGCUAGCAUGUCCAAUUUAUAUUAUGACUUGUUAGUCUGAUUUAGCAUCUCACUUAAGUAGUUUUGCUUAUAUCGCUUUUAGAUUCCCAACAUUUUUUAGAUAUUACUAAAUAUAAGUGUAUGACUGAUCUAGUCAUAGAUUAAGUUUAGGAAUAUUCUAGUUUAUUAUAGUGUUUAUUAUUAAGUGUAAGUCGUAGAAAACAUUGCAUUUGAUUGAAUUGAUUUGUCUUUUUUUAUAAUUUGAAUUUAAAUCCAUAAUCCAGGGUUGCCAGAUGCUAUUUCUAAUUUUGCCUAGAUGUCAAAUAUUUUUUCUUCUAUACGAUAUAAUUUUUUUCACUUCUAAUCAUUUACAAACGCGUGUUGAUUUCCACUAUAUUUCGAUAUAUAACGACAAAUUUAAUGUAAACAAAAAAAAAGGCCUUCUCUAUGUUUAAUUUAUCUUAUCCUUUGUUUUACUACCUUUAAUGGUAUAUUUGGUUAUAUUUAUAUCUCACUGUAUGGUUCACAAAUUACCCAAAUUUCUCCUAGCCCAUCUUACUUUUCUCUAAAAUUUUGCGAACAUCAAAAUUUUUUCCCCAAAAUUGUGAAAAAACCCAAUCUGGCAACACUGUCGCGGUCCUAUUUUGAGAAAAAAAAAAUAUUAUUAAGAGUUCAUGCUACUUUAUAGAUAUGAUAUAGAGCAAUUUUUAAAUUUUUUUGUCGUAGGUACUGACGUCACUAAAUCUAAACUAUAUAUGUACCUAAACCUAUAGAUAAAAGUUGUUUAUUUCUUUUUAUAAAAAUUCCAAACCUCUGAAAUGUCUUUCAAUGUAAAUUGUGGUUAUUACCAUGUACCAACCUAGAUCAGACAGUUUAGAUUUUUUUAUUUGUAUAUCUAUGUACGUCUAUUAGCGAGAACUAUCUUAUGUUUAGUGUAAGUAUAUACCUGUAUUAAGUGUACCAGCAAAAGAAAUACAUGUAUUCUUAUAGUGCAA